AUGCACACAACACCGGCUCCACCAACAGCAGAAAACAAGCAACAAAAAUUACGAUUACAUCAGUGCAUCUCCAAUCCCAGAAGUCCGAUUCUUUUUACUUCCUUGUUUGUUUAUUGGGUUGGGGGUAUCUAUCUAUCUAUCAAUAUAUCUAUCUAUGGCUUCUCAUUAUCUAUCUAUCUAUCUAUCUAUCUAUCUAUGUCUUCUCAUAUCUAUCUAUCUAUCUAUCUAUCUAUCUAUGGCUUCUCAUCUCUAUCUAUCUAUCUAUCUAUCUAUCUAUCUAUCUAUCUAUCUAUGCCUUCUCAUAUCUAUAUAUCUAUCUAUCUAUGGCAUCUCAUAUCUAUCUAUCUAUCUAUCUAUCUAUGGCUUCUCAUAUCUAUCUAUCUAUCUAUCUAUCUAUCUAUCUAUCUAUCUAUGCCUUCUCAUAUCUAUCUAUCUAUCUAUCUAUCUAUCUAUCUAUCUAUCUAUCCUAUUCUUUUCGUAUCUAUUUAUAUGAACACCUUCUUCUUUUCUGUUUUAUUGUUCUCUUUCUUUCUUUCUUUCUUUUUUUCUCCCUUCUUCUUCUUCUUCUUCUUCUUCUUCUUCUUCUUCUUCUUCUUCUUCUUCUUCUUCGACAUAGGUUCUUCAUUAUCUAUCUAUCUAUCUAUCUAUUUUAGUCUCUGCAUAUCUAUCUUAGCCGCUUCAUUUCUAUCUAUCUAUCUAUCUAUCUAUCUAUCUAUCUAUCUAUGUACGUCUUCAUAUGUACUUCUUCUUUUCUUUCUUUUUUCUUUCUUUUUUCAUCGCCAUAGUUUUUUUUCUUCUUAUCCUCCAUUGCCAUGUUCUUGUUUAUUCUUUCUUUUUACUUUUUUGCCUCGACUCCAUUUACUUUCUUCGUCUUGUUCUUCGUGUUUUCAAUCUUUUCAUUCUAGUCGAAAACAUCUCUGCAGUCUCUUUACGCCCUUAAUCGAUAAACACUUUCCUCUCCUUUCUUUCUUUCUUUCUUUCUUUCUUUCUUUCUUUCUUUCUUUCCCACCUUGA